AUGCGAGAGCCAUAUGAAAGAAAAUCGAAGAAGAAAGUUCAGAAGCUGGGAGAAACUUCUGUAUCUAGACCGCAUGUGCCUCUGGUAUCCUCCUCCUCUCCAAGUAAGUCUCUACCUUCUGACUCUCCAUCAUUACAUUUAAGGCAACUAUCUUCUUCCCUACCUCAACCCUCACCUAUUUACAUACACUCUGAACCUACACCCUCCACCAUAAAGCCCUCUAAAACUCCCAUAUCUAACCCACCAUCACCUCUCCUUCAAAAAUUCAAUCUCUCCACCACAACUCUACCUAUAUCUGAAGCCCAAUUAUUCAAUGAACCAAUAUCACUACCCUCUUCCACUCCCUCAUCCUCUCCUUACUACACCAUAUCUUCUGACUCUGACCAACCUGAUCCUCAAUCCCCCGCUCUUGCUCAACUCCAGACUCUCUCCCUCUCAACCCAAAAUCCACCUUCAGAGCCAGAAACCAACAUUCCUUCACCAUCUGACCAACCACCAAUAUUGCCCUCUGAACAUCACACGAAAUUCCCCUCUGAAAACCCCAUUACCCAUCAAUCUGAACCUCCCACUGAAACCAUCCCCACACCACCAGCACCUACAUCUCCCACCUUUGAACCAAAAACCACCUUUCCCACCCUGGAAGAAGCAGUAACCUUAUUUGUUGAGUCUUCAAUGGAGAAGAUCAUAUCACUAUCUAAAAACUCUAGAAUGAGUGAUGAUCCCUCUGCCACGAGGAUUCACUUGAAUAGAGUGAUCAGAUGGAUGACAUUUGAGGCUUUUAAGCUGAAAGACCUCUCUGAACAAGUCCGAAAUGACUUCAACAGAGAAGUUGGAGAGAGGUUGUAG